AAAGCCACGAGCCGGGUACAGUUCUGUCCUUUCGCAAACGAUCAACCAAAAGGAGUACAUCUCUCGUGGGCAAGGUACCUAAAGAGCAGCGACUACCUACAAAACCCGAAACUAAUCCGCACAAAAGGGAACUACACGCUACAAUAAGAUAAAAAAAAAUUAACAAAAAAUGUCCGCGAAUAAGGAGGGCAACAGCGGAUGGAAGAGCUUUCUGUGGAAUUCUGAAAAGAAGGAGUUUUUAGGACGUACCGGCGGCAGUUGGUUUAAAAUCUUCAUCUUUUAUGUAAUCUUCUAUGGCUGCUUGGCUGGAAUUUUUAUUGGCACCAUCCAAGCGAUGCUCAUGACCCUUAGCAACUACAAGCCCACAUACCAGGACAGAGUUGCACCCCCAGGUUUAUCGCACACCCCACGCUCUGAAAAAUCUGAGAUCUCCUACAGCAUGCAAGAGGAAGACAGUUAUAGACUAUAUGUAAAAUCCAUGAAGGAGCUGCUGGAGCCAUACUUGGACGAGAAACAGGCAGAUGACAUGAAAUUUGAAGACUGUGGUGAUGUUCCAAGUAAAUACACUGAACGUGGGGACUUGGAGGACAGUGGAUCAGGAGCGAGAAAGGCCUGUCGCUUCAAGAGGUCCUUGUUACAAGAAUGCUCAGGUCUUGUGGACAAGACUUUUGGCUUUAAGGAUGGCAAGCCCUGCCUUAUUGUCAAGCUGAACAGGAUCGUCAAUUUCAGACCCAGGCCUCCAAAAACCAAUGUAUCUCUCCCUGUGGGUCUUGGGAUGGUUUCAGAGUUUGUGAUUCCCAUCUUCUGCAACAGCAAGAAAGAAGAGGACGCUAGCAAAAUCAGAGAUAUUAAGUACUUUGGCAUGGCCCAAGGAUACCCACUGCAGUACUAUCCAUACUAUGGCAAGCUGCUACACCCUGAUUACCUCCAGCCUCUUGUGGCUAUCCAGUUGGCCAAUAUUACCUUUAACGAGGAGCUCCGUAUUGAGUGCAAAGUAUAUGGAGAAAACAUUGAUUACAGUGAAAAAGACCGUUAUCAGGGACGUUUUGACUUCAAAAUCAUGAUCAAAUCAUGACCACAGCUAUGAGAAUAGCACUUUUACUCUGCCCAUUUCAAAACGUAAUCAUUUAGACAGAUGACAAUGAAAAAAAAGUUCAAUUUAAAAAAAAAAAAAACUAAAAAAAAAAAAACAAGCAAACAUAAAAACAACAACAAACCAACCACGACUAGUCUUGAACAAACUUUCAUAACAUACGGGACCUACACUUAAUCUGUAUGCUUUACACUAGCUUUCUCUGCAUAUGACUAGGGUUAGAAUGUAAAAAUUACAGGAAGAGUAGCAAUAGCAAAGUAUUUAUUCUACUGUAAAUGAGAAUAUUCCUUGAGCCAUGGGACAUGUUCAUUCAUUACUGUAAAUUAUGAUUCCACUACUGAUGUAGCGAGCAGUGUUGCUGUCCCUGAGUAUUUCUGCCUAGUGUGGUCUCGCUCUAUGUUUUCGGAGUGUGCAGUGCAGUAGUCGCAUACAAUGGUCCUUUCCAAGCCAUGUUAUAAUUUCUGUUGUCUUAUGUCAGUCAGUUUAGUGGUCCAAGGUGUGUGUGUGUCUGUGUGUGUAUUUGACUGAGUGUAAGAGGGGGUGUAUGUGCGAGUGUAUGCUUGUACAUGGUUGUGAGUGUGUGUAUAUUUGUACAAUAAAUAAAAGUGGCAUGGUACGCGCUGAUAUCCCCAGGUCCGUAUGUGAGUAAAUGACUGCACUCCAUGGAAUAUUUGUUUUUUUUUUUUUUUUUUUCCUUCUCUUUUUGACUUAUUUUGUUGAUUGUGGGGAAAGUACUUUUACAUCACUUCUUCUCUUAUUUGAUCAUCUUGCAGUGUGGGAGUUUGGGGUUAAUGACAUUUCUGUAUAAGGCUUUUACUUUCUUUUUCUUCAAGUGUAGAACUGUGUGUAUCUAGUCUGGAGGAUCCUCUCUAUUCUAGAAUGGAGGACUGUUCCUCCCUAUGGUCACCGUGGCAACUCAGUGCUUUAAUUUAAAAAAAAUUUGUUUGUUUUUUGUUUUGUUUUUUGUUUUGCUUUUUUUUUUUUUUUUUUUGCUGGAGACAUCACAAUGUGAUGUAACUUUCUAAUGAAUGUUUUAGCCAUUUACAUGGUGGAAGAAUUUUAUAUUUAUGCAGUUGUACAAGUUUUUUUUUUUUCUGCAGGAAAAAAAGUGUAUUGUAUGAAUCCAGAUACCAAAGUCACUGGUUCGGAGUUAGAAACUUAUCAGAUCCAAUGCAGUACCCCAUGUAAUAUGAUGUUUAGUCAAUGUUAAAAGAGCUUAAAAGUCAAUGUUGAACAUAAAAACAUCUGUCAGGAGUUGCAUCUGCUCUUGUCAUUUUAUUUAAUACAGGUAAGGCCUAAACAAAUAAAUGUACAACAAACCAGA